UGUCUGUCUGUCUUUUGCCAACGCUAGCAUUCAUUCUUUGCUUCUUCCUUUUAUAUACUCACGAGAUCCCCCACCUUCUCCUUUUCUCUUUCUUUCUUUCUUUCUCUUAUUAUUAUUGAGUGCCACUUACAUUCAAAACAAAUAAUACUCCAACAUUCCCUUACACACAGAGAAACUAAUCCAAACACACAUUGCAUUACAUAUACAGUGAUAAGCAAUAGAAAGAAAAGGACAUUGAACCCCACUUUCCCUAGAAAUUAAAACUUUCUAGGGAAUAUAUUACAUAUACAUUUCUUUCCCUAGAAAUUAAGACUUUAAGUUGGAUAUUACACUGAACAACUAUAUUUCUCGAUUGUAUUCUCUGUGAAAUUUGACCCCAACCUUAUUGAAUUUUAGGAAAGUUGGGUAUUACACCGAACAAGUACAUUUACUCUCUCUGGAAUUCGACCCCAACCUCGAUUGAGUUUUCAAAAAUGUCGAAUUCAAGAAACCCCAUAUCAGAAAUGUGCCUCGUUGAUGGGCUAACUGAUCGGUUUCGAAACUCUCUGAAUUACACUGAACCUAACAACAAUGGUAGCACCGACAUUAACAAACCUGAUUUCAAAGAACUGGAUCUUGGAUCACCCGUUUCAACUUUACCGACCCGACCCGCCACUUCAACAACUAGCAGUUCCAGCUCAUCGGGGUCAAUGUCGGGUCAAAACCCAAACCGGGUCAACCCGAAUUACUCAGGUGAGCUUUCCGGGUCAGUAGAAAGCUCACGUCGGUUUAAACCGGGUCAUACCCGUUCCAGGUCUGAUUCUUACCCGUUAAUCUACUCUGGUAAAAGUUCUGUAAGUUCAUUUCCAAUUGGUAAUAUUUGCCCUUCAGGUAAAAUCUUGAAAACUACUAUUCCUAGUAAUAAGUCUGCGAAAAAUGACAUUUUGGGGUCAUCAAGAACUGGGAAUUAUGGUCAUGGUAGUAUAAUUCGGGGCGGUAUUGGUGGUGUCGAUAGCGGUGUUGUGAAAGAAAAAAGUUAUGAUCAAGAAGAGUUGAAGAAGAAGGGUAAUUUUAAAACUGCUAUUCCUAGUAAUAAGUCAUCGAAAAGUGACAUUUUGGGGUCAUCAGGAACCGGAAAUUACUUGCACGGGAACAUAAUUCGUGGCAGUAUUGGUGGUGUUGAUAGUGGUCUUGUGAAAGAAAAAAAUUAUGAUCCAGAAGAGUUAAAGAGAAUAGGGAAUGAGAAUUACAAGAAGGGGAAUUUUACUGAGGCUUUAAGUUUUUAUGAUAAAGCGAUAGCGAUUUGUCCAGGAAAUGCUGCGUGCCAUUGUAAUCGAGCAGCUGCGUUGAUCGGUCUGAAACAGGUGGUGGAAGCUGUGAAGGAAUGUGAGGAAGCUAUUAGGUUGGAUCCUUCAUAUUUUAGGGCACAUCAAAGGCUAGGAUCAUUGCUACUUUGUUUAGGACAGGUUGAAAAUGCCAGAAAUCAUAUGUGUAUCAUGGGGCAUCAGCCAGAUCACGGUGAUUUGCUGAAGUUGCAAGGAGUGGAGAAACAUAUUGGAAAAUGCACUGAUGCCCGUAGGGUUGCUGAUUGGUGGAGUACGUUAAGAGAAGCUGAUGCAGCAAUUGCUUUUGGAGCCGAUGCAUCUCCUCAGCUACUUGCAUGUAGAGCGGAAGCUCUUCUGAAGCUACACCGAUUAGAGGAUGCUGAAUUGAGCCUAUCAAAUGCUCACAAGCUUGAAUCAUCUACUUUGGGAUCCCAGUCAAAAAACUUUGGGAUGCUUUCUGAAGCAUACCUACUCUUUGUUCAGUCUCAACUGGAAAUGGCUUUGGGAAGGUUUGAAAAUGCACUUACCACCAUUGAAAGAGCUGGACAGAUUGACCCUCAAAGUAUUGAAGUUUCAGUUUUAUCCAAGAAUGUGAGAUUGGUGGGACGAGCUCGUGCUCGUGGCAACAAUUUAUUUAAAUCUGAGAGAUAUACUGAAGCUUGUGCGGCUUAUGGGGAAGGUCUCAGGCUUGAUUCUUCAAAUGCAGUUCUAUACUGCAACAGAGCAGCUUGCUGGUACAAACUUAGGCAGUGGGAAAAAUCAGUGGAUGAUUGCGAUCAAGCUCUCUGUAUUCAGCCAAAUUAUACUAAAGCCCUACUUCGAAAGGCUUCCUCAAACACCAAGCUAGAAAGAUGGGCUGAAACUGUUAGAGAUUAUGAAGUUUUGAGGAAAGCACUCCCAUAUGACAAUGAAGUUGCUGAAUCAUUGUUCCAUGCCCAAGUUGCAUUAAAGAAAUCACGUGGCGAAGAUGUUUACAAUAUGAAAUUUGUUGGGGAGGUGGAGUUGGUCUCAGGUCUCGAGCAAUUUCGAGCUGCAAUCUCAUCACCUGGUGCAUUUGUUGUCUAUUUUGAAGCGGCAUCAAACCUACAAUGCAAGCAGAUAUCUCCGAUUUUACAUACAUUAAGCUCUAAAUAUCCUUCCAUACAUUUUCUCAAGGUGGAUGUGGAUGAAAGCCCGGCAGUUGCUACUGCUGAGAAUGUCAAAGUCCUACCAACAUUUAAGAUUUACAAACAGGGAAACUGCAUGAAGGAAAUGGUUUCUCCAAAUCCAGAGGUGUUGGAGUCCUUGGUGAGGCAUUACACUAUUUAAGACCAUGGUUGCCAUUUACUUUGCUUCUUCGCCUAUUAGCCUUGCUCUGCUCUCCCACCUAAAAGGAUUGAUAUCGCCUGUGACGUGAAUCAGAGAUACCACGUAAUGAUCUCAUAGGAGCCAAUUCAAAUGCUGGUGUCCUUUAGAGCGAUGGUUUAGUCUCUGUUUUCAUCCUUUUAGUUAUUUAUUUCAUCCAACUUUUUCCAUCCUCUUUUUCUUUUUCUUUACACUUCAUAGGAUUGCCUCCCUAAGUAUAAUCCAUCUUAUGUUUGAGGAGAACUAGUGAAACAUGUCAAAUUUAUUUUUUGGCCAUAUGGAUGGCUGAACACUUAAAGAGAAGUGGCUGGCUAGCUGGCUGGUUGUAGAUGAAGAUCUACACAUUGUAUAUAUGUGAUGAUAUAUACAAAAGCAUUGGAAACGAAGGAAGGGAUAUUGAUUAUUGGGCAUCAACAAUAUUGGAGGACGAAAUUGUUGAUAUUGAUGUUACUUUGAUAAAUUAUUCUAUCAAUAAAGUUUGUCAUUUUUUUCCA